CUCUCUUAAAACCCAUCUCUCUCUCUCUCUGCCUCCUUUUAAUUAUCAUCAUCAUCAAUGGCUGAACGUGAUCGUGACCUUUCACAUCCACACCAGCUUCAGGUGCACUCACAGCACCGUUAUGAUCAUUAUGGAGCCGGUGUCAAGUCACUCUUGCCGAGACGCGGGCCUUCUACGAGCCAAGUACUUGCAGUGGUCACACUCCUGCCCGUCGGUGGCACCUUGCUUGCACUGGCUGGUUUGACCCUGGCCGGUUCUAUAAUCGGGCUUGUGGUCACCACGCCGCUGUUCAUAAUAUUCAGCCCAGUUAUCGUCCCAGCAGCUAUUGCAAUCGGGCUUGCAGUGGCGGGCUUUUUCACUUCCGGGGCUUUCGGGUUGAUGGGCCUGACUUCAUUCUCGUGGAUCUUGAACAGCCUCCGGCAGUGCAUUGGUUCAGUGCCGGAGAUGGCGGACCAGGCAAAGCUACGCAUGGCAGACAUGGCAGAGUAUGUGGGCCAGAGGACCAAAGAAGUUGGCCAAGAGAUCCAGAGCAAGGCCCAUGAAGCAGGGAAAACUGGGACAGGGAGGACAUGAGCUCGAGCUUGAGGAAAUAGAAAUGGAAAGGAAUAAUAAAUGUGUGGUUUUUAAUGUAAUGUAAUUAGAUUUUCUAAGGUGUAAGUUUGCGCAUGUAGUUGUUGUUUUUCUAUCAAUGUAGGCAUUUGGUGUUGUGUAAUGUGGAUUUCAUUUGUUUAAUUUAAUUUAAAUGUGUUAUGCUCUGUGA